AUGUUCUUUCAAUUAGCUCACGCGAAUGAAAAUGAAGAUGGAGUAGGAUACAAGAUCAAGCAUGCUUUUGUCAAAUCGUCAUCUCUUCAUCAUGCUCAUAUAUUCGUUGAACUUUUCGGUUUUCGUAUUUCACCAGAAUACUAUGAUGAUUAUGAUGAAUUAUAUGAGCCUAGCGAGCAAACAGUACAAACUACUCUCAGAACUUAUUCACUCGAAGCACUUGAACUGACUAAUGAAAUUUGCAGUCUUGGUGAGCAUUAUUGGCAUGCCAUUAAGCCGUCAGAUUACGAUGGUUUACCGUUAGACUUAGGAGGACAUAGAAUUUUUAAGGUAAGUAUAGAAUUCAAAAUCCCUUGUGCGUAUGAAUACGAACAAGACAUUCAAAAAUGGAGUCCUUACAAAACUGAAAUCAAUACAAAUAUUUAUCAGUUCAAAGCAAUUAGUUCAACAGAUGUAUUAGCAUAUAUCCGCCAAAACAGUGACAAAUUUAAUGUAACUAAUUUCUUUCGAGAACUGCCAAGUGCAUGCGAUUGGCACACUAUUGAACAGAUAAGUGAAGAAAAUAUCCAUUGCAAAAGUUCAAAUCAUACUCAUGGAGACUUUAUUUGCAUGAAAUGUGUAGAAUUGCAAUCGUUAAUACCUAUUAUCGAGUCAAAUAUGUAG